UAUCCAUUUCUCACCUCCCACACCUUGCAGCAUUCACUCACUCACUCAACUCUCCCUCUCUCUCUCUCUCUCUCAAGAGCACAGGCAACAACAUGCACCCGGGCACCUCCGUAGCUGCGGUGGUCUGUGCGGCUUCUGUGCUGCUCAUCAGCAAUGGCUGCCUCUCCAUGGCCAUGGUGGAGGACAAGAUCACGGCGCUGCCGGGGCAGCCACCGGUGAGCUUCGCGCAGUACUCCGGAUACGUGGAGGUGGACGCCGUGAGGAAGAGGUCGCUCUUCUACUACUUCGCCGAGGCAGAGCUAGAUCCGGCCACCAAGCCCCUCGUCCUCUGGCUAAACGGAGGACCCGGAUGUUCAUCUGUGGGGGUGGGAGCAUUCUCAGAGAAUGGGCCAUUCAGGCCCAGUGGCAAUGCCCUUAUGAGCAAUGAGUAUAGCUGGAACAAAGAGGCCAACAUGCUCUAUCUGGAGAGCCCUGCAGGGGUGGGCUUCUCCUACUCCACUGAUCCUUCCUUCUAUGGGGGUGUUGGUGACAGCAUGACAGCCAGGGAUAAUUUAAGGUUCUUGGAAGGCUGGUUUGCCAAGUUCCCACAGUACAAGGGCAGGAACUUGUACAUCGCAGGAGAGAGUUAUGCUGGUCACUAUGUUCCGCAACUAGCGCAGCGCAUGGUUGAAUUUGACGACAAGGAGAAGCUGUUCAAUCUGAAAGGCAUUGCUUUGGGCAAUCCUGUUCUCGAAUUCUCAACUGACUUCAACUCAAGAGCCGAGUUCUUCUGGUCACACGGGCUGAUAUCGGACUCAACCUACAACAUCUUCACGACGGUUUGCAACUACUCACGGUAUGUGAGCGAGUAUUACCACGGCUCCAUCAGCUCGGUUUGCGACAGGGUGAUGAGCCAAGUGACCAAAGAGACGAGCAGAUUCGUGGACAAGUACGAUGUCACCCUGGACGUCUGCAUUUCUUCGGUGUUGAUGCAGUCCCAAGUGCUCACCCCAAGCCCAAAUUCUACCGAGCAAUUGAACAGGGCGCUCGACGUGUGCGUCGAGGACGAGACGAUGAACUACCUCAACCGAAAAGAUGUGCAAAAGGCAAUGCACGCUCAGCUCAACGGCGUGCCCAAGUGGACGGUCUGCAGCAGUGUUCUUGAGUACAAACAGCUGGACCUGCAGAUCCCGACCAUCAACAUCGUCGGCGCGCUCGUCAAGUCCGGCAUCCCGGUGCUAGUUUACAGCGGUGAUCAGGACUCGGUGAUCCCCCUGACGGGCAGCAGGACGCUGGUGCACCGCCUGGCCAAGAGGCUCCGGCUGAACGCAACGGUGCCGUACCGGGUCUGGUUCCAAGGGAAGCAGGUUGGUGGAUGGACGCAGGUGUUCGGCGACGCGCUGUCCUUCGCGACCAUCCGGGGCGCGUCGCACGAGGCGCCCUUCUCGCAGCCGGAGAGGUCCCUCGUGCUCUUCAGGGCGUUCCUCGCCAGCCGGCCGCUGCCGGAAUCGUUCGAGUGACCUCAACUCAAGAGACAGCUCGUGUUCUUGUACUACUAUCUACUCCCUCCGUUCCUAAAUAUAUCUCUUUGUAGAGAUUCCACUAAAUGGACUACAUACGGAGCAAAAUGAAUGAAUCUACACUUAAAAUGCAUCUAUAUACAUCCGUACGUGGUUUAUAGUGGAAUCUCUAUAAAGACUUAUAUUUAGGAACGGAGGGAGUAGUAUAGUAGCUAGAGUGCAUUGCGUCAAUCACCUUUCAAGGUUGGAAAUCCAAUCAAAAAGGUCUUCACAAGUGUAAUCAGUUACUCCCUUGUUUCACUAUUAUAAGAUGUUUUGAAUAUUUUAAUA